UACUGUAUGUGUCUGAUAUUCCUCUGUUUUAACUCCUCUGCCAGCUCUUUACUUAGAUUUAAAACAGUUUUUGGUUUGGAAUGAAGGCUUUCCUCUACCACAUCAUUUUAAAGUCAAAAGCCAAGUUACGAAGGGUGUCUUCUUUUAUCUGCACUGUUAUAGAAAAUCUACAAACUUUACACUCCUGGCAGAAAGCCCUGUCCAUUAGAAACUGUCUUCUCUUGUGACACUCCUCAUUAUAGCAUGGCCAAAAACAUGCCUCAAAUAUUUACUCAAAGCUUAACCACGUUCAUUUGUGCAUUUUCCCUACAUAGCGUGAUUACAGCACAGGGAAUGAUUUUGAUUUUCAAAAAGCAGGCUUUGCUGGUAAUUCUAGGGAUUAACAUGAUGAUGGAAGACAGCUAGGCAAAAGCAGAAAGAGUUUUGUGCACGCACAACUAGCAUUCCUAGAGGGGUGCGUCUCUCCAUUUAUUAUAUUUUAUUGCAUUUUUGAAUUCUGUACAUCUUGAAUCAGUGGGUAACUGAGUCCAGGUCAUCUUGAACAAAAUUUCAGAUUAUUUGUAGAUUUACAUUCUGAGAGUCAGCAGAAGAGGAGAACUGCUUUGCUUCUUUUUUUCUUUCUUUUCUUUUUCUUUAUUUUUUAAAUAAAUUAAAUCCCCUGAAACCUAAGAUUUAUGUUCACUCACUUAGGAAGGGCUCAUCUUAUUUAAAAAGAUUUGACACUAAGACUUAAUGGACUAAUAUGAAAAACAUUUUCCCCUCACACUCAUUUCAAGACAGGAAAUGAACAACCACCAUGGAAAAUAUGUGUAGUGAAGAAGUAAAGCAGGCCUGCUCGGUACAUGUAAGGGCUUGCACAAGGUUAGAAAGGGAAACUACAUUAUUUCCUAAACAAGUAUUUUUCCAGAAACACACACACACACACACACACACACACACACACACACACACACACACACACACAUAUAAGUCUAAAUAAGUCAAUUAACACAAAACUGGAAAUGUCCCUUCAAGAUGCUGCCAAAAGAAACUCCUGAGUGCUUCAUCUGCAAAGAUGUCCAGCUUGUGGACAGUGAACAACUGAAAAGGUUUUGUGACUGCAAGAACCUCAUGGCACACCAUGGCUGCCUGCUUACUUGGAUCAGGACGGGGCUGAAGCGAGAGGAGCAGCUGAGGUGUCGCAUUUGUAAUGCAGAGUACCAGCAGCAGAAAGUUACAUCAUGGCAGGUCGUGGUGUCUCAUUGGCGUGUGUGGCCCAUGGUGGUGGUGGUAAUGGUGUUGGUGGCCCUGGUUCCCUAUGCUGUGUACCACAUGCUGACAGCCUUCAACAACCCUUCUCCACAUAUGUUUUUCAAAAUGGCUGCCAUCUGCUUUGGAAUCCUUUCUGAAAUCCUGCUGCUCAGGUUUAUACACUGGUAUGUCACCAACAAUUUCUGGAAAGGACAGCAAGCAUCCCUCAGUCUUCAACCUCGGAACCUGGAGGGGGAGGAGCAGGAGGCUGGGGUCAUACGUCUCAACCACAAGGCAGAUGCCCUCUGGCAUUGGAAAAGCAGUCCUGUGGUGGAAAAGGCAAAGCAGAUUGAGUCACAGUGAUUCAUUUAAUUUCUGGACAGGAUGGAGCGUCUGCCUGCUGCCCUGAUGGCUACGUGUCAGCAGUACCAACCUGGUGCAAGCAGCCGAGCAUCACCUAGCCUGUCUCACAUGGAAUUGAAUAUGAAAUGUGAAUAUUGAUUGAGAAUAGUAUUAUUGGCUUUCUUUCAACCCUUACCCUGAGCCUAAACCAUUCAAACUGUGGUAUAUGUGUUGAUAACACUGCUAUAAUAGCCUGUGUGUGGAAUGAUAUAAGAUGCUUCUGGCUUUGUUGUUUGUCUAUUUCCCCUCUUGUUGCACUUGAAUUGGGUUUUAGCCAAAGUCCGAUGUUGUCCAACAUGGCUGGUGUAGGUCCAGAAUUUCAUUCCAACCAGAAGCACACCUGAUUUGGCUGAGCAAACUCUUGCUUAAUGAGUCAUUAUUGCUUGAUCAGUCGAGUUGAUGAUGUAUUCUAACUUGUAGAAGGCAUGCGCUGAUUCACUUGCUGUAUUUGCACAGUAUGUGAUUGCACUUGUCACUUUUUUGGUUACUUGGAACUCUAGACUUGCCAUAUAAGUGUAGCUAAAGUUUAGCAUGAGCAGGAAUUCAUGUAGUUCUCCACUAAUGAUUUUAAAAUUUCUUGAAUUCUAACUCUUUAUUCUCUGAAUUUUAGUAAAUUGUAAACCAAUUUACAUUUCUGUCAAUUUUAUUUGUUUGUAAAAACUUUGACCUGAUGUUACAGUAAUAAUUGUGUAGUAUUCAUAUGGACAUGUAUCUCGCAUUUUUUAUUCAUUCUCAUGAAGGAGAGCGUGGGUGCUCAGCUAUACAGUUUGUGAGACAAACAGAGACAGCUUCCCAGUAAAAUUCAGUGAAACUCCAUUACUUCCCUGACUAUAAAUAAGCAGAACAUAUACAGUGGUGUGAAAAAGUGUUUGCCCCCUUCCCGAUUUCAAAUUUUUUUACGUUCGUCACACUUUAAGGUUCCAGAUCAUCAAACAAAUUUAAAUAUUAGUAAAAGGUAAUACAAGUGAACACAACAUGCAGUUUUUAAUUUAAGGUUUUUAUUGUUGAGGGAAAACAUAAUCUAAAACUACAUGGCCCUGUGUAAAAAAGUGUUCGCCCCCUAAACCUAAUAACUGGUUUGGCCACUCUUAGCAGCAACAACUGCAAUCAAGCGUUUGCGAUAACUUGCAAUGAGUCUGUUACAGCGCCGUGGAGUAAUUUUUCCUCCACUCAUCUAUGCAGAAUUGUUGUAAUUCAUCCACAUUGUAAGGUUUUCAAUCACGCCUUUUUAAGGUCAUUUUUCUUCAGCCAUUCAGAGGUGGACUUGCUGGUGUAUUUUGGAUCAUUGUCCUGCUGCAGAACCCAAGUUC